AUGAGAUCGUCUGAUACGUUCGCUUGUCUAGGAACUACAGAGGAGUGCCCAGCCAGCGUCUGGAAGUUCGAAUACAAACAAGACUGAGAAAAAGAACUUAUCGAUCAUGCCACCACAGUCUCCGCCUCCGCCUCCGCCUUAUGGAUCUCGUUCUCAGAUUACCCCGCCUCCUAGGCAACCUGGCAAUUACAUGACGAUUAUUCGAGAUUCAGGCCCUAUCAAACAAGAGUUUCUCAUUAACCCUACACUUUCUGUUCCGUCGGAGCUUCUACCUCCCCUGACUGCUCAUGAAACAGAGAAUAGUAGGAACAAUCUUAAUAUCGAAGCCAAGUGGGGAGAAAUCGACGUAAACAUUGAAGUCAUGAAGUCUGACUGGCUGACUCGUUGUCGAGUUGACAUACGCGCUCACGGCGAUAUCGUGAUUCGUUUAGGUUUACCUGGCAUCGUCUCUCCGGACGAUCCGAUCCGCCCAGGACCUCUCUGUCUCAUGGAUGUCUGUGCGAGUUCGGGGAGCAUUUAUUUGUUGAUUCCGCGGAAGCGCAUGGAAGGUCCGUUGAACAUUACCAGUCGCCGUGACGUAUCGUUCUCCUCUGCACUGACGAAGGACUUGACCACCUUCAACGAGAGGGGCAAGCGCAGGGAGUGUUUUAUCGGUAACUUUGCCGCAUGGUCGGAAGGGAUGGGAGAUGUGAUCAAUUUAGAAGCUAAAGCGGGAGGAGUGUUGGUGCAAUAUAAUGACGAGCCGUUUGUGAAGCCUGAAAGCGGGGGCUGUAUCAUUGCUUGAUAAUUUGGUUGCCGCUGAAUCCUGUAGUCUUAGAAAAAAAAGUUUCUGUAUCUCCGAGCUCAGAAAUCUCAUGAGUAUAGAGAUGAGUUACUGGAUAUCCUAUUACACAGUGUGAACGAGGCGACGUGUGAUGCGGUAUGAAAGCGUUGGAUUACGGUGUGAGAACCAUCAUGAGAUUAUAAUCAAAUUAACGCA